AUUUUACAUUCCAUCCCUGCACCCCUUUUGUCCCCUCCAGCUCAAGCCUCACAAAUCAAAAAGGAAUUCUCAGACCUGCCAGUAUUGAAAGCGGGGUCCACGAUUCUUAACCUGCACCCUCCGUUUUUGUUUCUUGAGAUCCCUCCCCUUCUCCCUCGCUCUUGCUCUUCCUCGCUCUUCUCCUUGUCUAAAAGUAAUUUUCUCAGUAUACUUCCAAAACCGGUCUCGCACGUUUUCUUUUCUUUUUUUUUGGUUUGGCCUUGGCCCUUCCCUCUCUCUGUCCUUGUUGUUUGCUUGCAAGUAGUUAAAUGGUCUCUUGCGAUUCAUUAGACCGCAUUUUGUAGAACAGUGAGGAGGCUCUGCUGGGAACAGAUCAAUGCUUCAGAUUUCGAGAUUGGUCGCUUAUUGCUCAAUCUUUCUAUGCUUAUUGACAUCGGGCUCGUUCUCAAUUGAUGAUAUUCAUCAAGCAUUUCCAAUUAUAGAACCUGAUCCUGGUCAUACAAAACUUCGCCUUGCAAGAGCAGGACUGGAGGCAAUUGAGAGAAUUACAAACCCAAUUGCAGCUGUUGCUGUGAUUGGUCCUUAUCGUUCUGGAAAAUCUUUUCUACUUAAUCAACUUCUCUCCCUUUCUUGUAAUGAAGGUUUUGGGGUUGGACACAUGCGUGACACUAAGACAAAAGGGAUAUGGGUGUGGGGAGCCCCAUUUGAAUUGGACAUUAACGGAGUAAAAACAUCUGUCUUCUACCUUGAUACAGAAGGUUUUGAAAGUGUUGGAAAGUCAAAUGUAUAUGAUGACCGGAUUUUUGCUUUGGCAACUGUUAUGAGCUCUGUGCUUAUCUACAACCUACCUGAGACGAUCCGUGAAGCAGACAUUUCUCGGCUGUCUUUCGCAGUUGAGCUUGCUGAAGAAUUUUAUGGAAGGGUGAAGGGGCAGGAUGUUGCAUUUGAACCUGCUAAGCUGCUAUGGCUUAUCCAGCGUGACUUUCUGCAAGGAAAAUCUGUGCAGCAGAUGGUUAAUGAAGCUCUCCAACAUGUACCUAACUCUGAUGGGGACAAAAACAUUGACCAGGUUAACCAGAUCCGUGAUUCUUUAGCUAUUAUGGGUGAAAAUAGCACUGCCUUCAGCUUACCGCAGCCUCAUCUCCAAAGGACAAAGCUCUGUGAGAUGAAGGAUGGUGAGCUUGAUCCUCUUUAUGUUAAGAAGAGGGAGCAACUAAAAGAUCUUGUUGCGUCCCUAAUUCGUCCAAAGAUUGUCCAGGGCAAAACACUAAAUGGAAAAGAGUUUGUCUCUUUUCUAGAGCAGAUUCUUGAGGCCUUGAAUAAAGGGGAGAUUCCAUCAACAGGUUCCCUUGUGGAAGUUUUCAACAAGGGUAUCUUGGAGAGGUGCCUGAAGCUAUACAGUGAUAAGAUUAGCAAUGUGCAUCUUCCAAUGGCAAAGGAAGAUCUGCAAGGAACUCAUGAAGAGUUUAGAGAAGCUGCUAUGAAAGCUUUUGAUGAGCAACAUUUUGGUCAUCACCAUGCCAAGAGAUCAGUUGAGAAAUUGGAUGAAGAAAUUGAAAAGGUGCACAAGAAUAUCAUUUUGGCAAACGAGUAUCAAUCUUCAAGAAUCUGUGAGGCUUUGUAUAUUAAAUGCGAGGACAAAAUGGAUGAGCUUCAAGUGCUUAGACUCCCCUCUAUGUCGAAAUUCAAUGCAGGCUUCCUCCAUUGCAAUCAAAGUUUUGAGAAGGAAUGUGUUGGGCCUUCUAAAAGCAGCUAUGAGCAGCGGAUGAUGAAGAUGUUAGGGAAGUCGAAAUCCCUAUUUAUUAAGGAAUAUAACCACAGACUCUUUAAUUGGUUGGUGGCCUUUUCACUUGUAAUGGUGGUGGUGGGUCGUUUUAUAAUAAAGUUCAUUCUGAUUGAAGUUGGGGCUUGGAUACUAUUCAUCUUUUUGGAGACAUAUACAAGGAUGUUUUGGUCAGCAGAAUCUCUUUACUACAAUCCAGUUUGGCAUGCUAUUGUUGCAACUUGGGAAACUCUCGUCUACAGUCCUAUCCUUGACUUGGACAGAUGGGCAAUCCCUAUUGGCCUUGUAGCAGCAGUAUUUGUUGUCUAUUGGCGGUGUUAUGGGAGGAAGAAACAUGGGCCACGAUGGCUCCUACCAGUGUACAACAAUCCGAAAGAUCGACGAAGAUCAGAAUGAAUGAAAAACAGUUCUUCUAGCGAGCUGUGUUCUUCAGCGUUUCUCAGCAAGCUUUUCCGUUUUUUUUUUUUUCAUGCAAAGCAGGCUGGGUGGCUGUGCAUAUGAACUUAUUAGCAUCAGACCAAAAUUGUGGAGCUGGAUGACCAAAGGGAUUUCUCGAGCUCCAUGAUGCAGUGUUGUAGCAAAUUCCCAUUUUACCAUACGACCUUUUUAUCAAUUACACUAAAUUUGUACACAGCAAAAGUGUUCAGGCAAAUGGACAAGGCAUUUGGCCUUCUGAAUACUAGUCAUGUACUGUAAUCAUAGAGGUCAGUGAUUAAGCCAGAAAGAACUCAACUUUGCCUCAGCGCAGAACAUUGACUGCUUCAAGGACAAUUCUCUUUAUGAUGGCAUUGAGCUUGCUGCAACAGUUGCAACAGGGAAAAGCCUUUAGGCUUUGAAUGAAUUGAAUAGCCAUUCGGGUAGCUUAGUUGAAGAUCCUAUUGAUCAAUUAUUUAAUUGAGCCGUUAGCUGUAAAGACGAGUCAAUUUUAGUUGCAGACAUAUCGAGCAUAGCUUUGGUGGUGAUGUCCUUUUGAGAGAUCACCCGGGCAUGGUUUGAGUCCUGAUUGAAAUACGCUAUUAGCAGGUAGAGUUGAAUGCUGAAUUCCAUUUGAAUCUGAGUUGAAAAUUAUCAAAAUUCCUCUC